AUGGGUGCCAUGACCUUCCGGGUGUGUCCUCAGCGCAACCAGGCCAGCCGGGCUCGUGUACGCUCGACGCCGGACGUGUUGCCACCUCCCGGCGCCACGUUGGGCGAGGUGUUGCUUCAGGAGCUGGAAGAGGCUCCGUCUGCGAAAGCAAAUUGGCCGUCGCUGGAUUCGGAAGCCUCGACGGAGAGGUCCGAAAGCUCGAGUGACAGAUCACGGCGGCACAAGCAACAGAAGGCGGAGCUGCUGUCACCGCCUCCGUCCGGCUGUGUGCCGAAGGGCAGGCGGGCUCGAUGCGCGGGAGUUGAAGCUCCAGAGGACAUGGAUGCCUGGCAUCGUGCCACGUGUUUCUCGGAAGCUGUGAAGUGUCUGGCCACGGAUGCCAACGGAGCUUCGGUCACAAAGCUGGCCUUGGUCGGAGUGGCGCUGACCGACGAGGAAGCUUCCAGACUUGCUGAUCAUCUUCACAGCAAUCCCAAUGUGUUGCGCCUCGCCCUGGUGGAAUGCAACCUCGGCGACCAGGCCGCCGAGCACUUAGCCGAGGCCUUAGCCGCCAACGACGUUUUGACAUCUCUCUCCUUGGAGGGCAACCGGGUGGGCGAUCGGGGCGCCGGUCGGCUGGCGAAUGCUCUGCAAAGGAACGAGGCUUUGACCUCUCUGAGCUUGGGCAGGAACUGCGUGGGAAACCAGGGUGUCAAGCAAUUGCUGGACGCCUUGGAGAACAACUACACGCUGCGAAUUCUGGACCUGACCAGCAACAGUGUCUCACGGCCUGGCUGGUCCAUUGCAGGUGACGGGCGAACGGCUAACCAGAAGCGCCUGCAGGCCUUGCCACCACGCGCUCUCGCUGCAGGAGCAGAUGGAUUUGGAGAACCCAAGGAUUCUACCAGGAUGCGAGACAUUUUGCAGCUUUGGGAGAAGGAGACGCGGGCGCUGGUCGAUGAAAUUGUCGUGCCCGACUUUCUGAGUUGCAGCUUCGACAAGGGGUGGGAGGCGGUUCGUCUUGAGAUGGUCACAGCUCUUCACCAUGUGCCGCAGGGUCUUCCGAGAUUUCCUGAAGCACUUGCUGAACUUCCGAAGUAUCCGUGGCUGGAGAAACUUUUCUCUUUGGCAAAGACCAUCCAGGAGGAGACUGUGGUACACAGGCAUGAGGGUCAGUGGCAUCUUGCCGGGGACUUUCAUGGAAUGAAAGCGCUAGCUCUGCAACCAAAGCAUCUGCAGCCUGAGACGAAGUCGUGCUUCUUUGGCUACAUCAACAUGUUCUACAUCGUCGCGUGGUGGUACGCCCUGAGCAUGGAUUUUAACGAGGCGACCUUGUACCUGCAACUGAUCUCACAACUCCUCAAGAAGGGGCAGCUGGAUUGGACUGAGCAUUCUGGCUGGCCCAUCACCUCAUGGAGUGUCUACCUGAACAUUCAACGCAUGCACACGGGCAUGCCUUUCUCGCCUCUUCCCGCAGACCCGACUCCUGUUCAUCCACUUUCACACUUGGUACCGGCAGUUUGGCCGCUGCCGGGAUCCCGACAUUACAUAUCCAAGCAACCACUCCAACCGCAAAGUAUCAGCGUAUUUUACAUUGCAAUGCAUGUCGUCCCUUUCAAUGACUUCUUGACAUUUCUAGAUGAAUGGUGGCAGACGGCUGGUGGAGCAGACGCAUCGUCAGUCAAGAUCUAUGCGAACUACAUGGGCUUCCCUCGAUGCUGUCCUGGUGUUGGUCAGGCAUGCUCCCAGAAGGACUUGGAAGCAGCGGUGCCGAUGCAGAAAGACUGGAGGAUACCUUACUGCUGUCAAGACGAGCACCUCUACAGCUUGAUAGGCGUUCCACGACUCCAUGAUCACAGCCAGGGGCAAUGGGAAGGUGCAUACCGCAACCACCGCAAUGACCACUGGUCGGAUGUUAAGCAGGAAUUUGCUGCCAAGUAUUACGACUGGAUGAACUCCCAUGUGGAUCUCGUUCUUUGUGGGCAUCCGAUCUUCUGGUGCACGCUUUUCGAGGACUUGCUGCGCGCUAACCACAAGAAGUCAAUGAUCGCUGUCUACGACCAACCGCCUUUCUUCUUGGUGCCCGAAGAUGGCGAGGAUGAUUUUGCGGAGCGCUUGCAAGCUCUCGCGGACCCGGAAUUCCAAAAUGCCGUGGUGGUAGGCUUUGCGCCUUUCUUCACUCGCCAGUUUGAAUGGUUAUUUGGUCGCAAGAUCCCGCACAGUCGCCCAAUAGCUUUGGUCGUCAAAGAUGUUUGGCAGCCACUUCAACCAGAUUCCGUGCUCUUCUCCACUUCUAUUGAUGCAGAAGCGAUAGGGAUUUUCUUUCGCUACGCGGAGGAGAAUGUCAUCGUGGAUCCAAGUGGCUUGCAGCUGAGAUUCCUGGAGUGGGGCUUGGAUGCCGCUGCCAAGAAUGCGGGGCGCACUGGUCUGAGCUACGAGACUCCAAAAUCGGAGCUUGCACAACUUCGUUGUGUCGUUGUUACGCCGUAUGACUUCGCCCACUUCAAGCUGCCGGAGUUCAAGGCCAUGGGGAUGCCGAUGUUCAUGCAUUCGCAACUCUGGAAAUGGACCACCCGCUGGUCGCAGAUGAUUUCUCGCCCCGCCGGCCGCAAUGCCUCCCAAUUUGCAGACAGUCGCUGGCACCCUCCACAUGAAUGCUACACCGAUCUGCAGACACAGGAGCUGCAAAUGCCAACUUUGCCGGAGUCGUUCUACACGGACCCUUGGGGUUUCCUCCCCGACGAGCGCCCAUGUGCCAAGGCUUUGUCGCAGUGGGAUGAUCACGCAGGACCCUUCGGACGCUCGCCGUUCCAGCUGUUCACCAUAGACCGCAGGGAUUUGCAACCUUUAGACGGCACGCUCUUCUGGUCCCAAUGGAGCGAGAUGUCCCUGCUGCCCUACACUAUCUACUUUGAUUCGGCGGCGCAUCUGAUCGCACUGCUUCGGCACUUGCCGCUGGAGGCGUUGAUGGACCUCUCGCGGGCGACACGGCACUGGUACCGUCAAGAAGCAUAUCAGGUGGUAGAGUUUUGGCGUGGACUGACCGUCGCCCUUCUUGGGGGUGAUGCUGCAACCUUCAAAGGAGUCAUGCCCCGACAGUAA